AUGGAAGGCAUGAGAGCCAUACUGGUGAGAAACCCUCUAAAUGUACUCUAUGUAAUAAAGCUUUUGCAUAUUCCACUCAUCCUCAAUGCCAUGAAAGAGUUCAUACUGGAGAGAAACCCUAUGAUGGUAUUCAAUAUCAUGAAGUUUUUUCACAUCACAGUAAUCUCCACAUACAUAAAAAUAUAUACUAGAGAAAAGCCCUAUGAAUGUAACCAAUGUUGUAAAGUCUUUGCAUAUCACAUUAGUCUCCAAAUACAUAAAAGAACACAUACUAGAGAAAAACCGUAUGAAUGUAAUCAAUAUGGUAAAGCCUUUGCAUGUAACAGUCAUCUUCAAAGUCAUGAAAGAAUUCAUACUAGACAGAAACCUCAUGAAUGUUAUCAAUGUGGUAAUGUUUUUGCACAUCAUACUUAUCUGCUAAUACAUGAAAGAACAUAUGCUAGAGAGAAGCCUUAUAAAUGUAAUCAAUGUGAUAAAGUUUUUGCAAGUAACACUCAUCUCCUGGAGAACACAUACUGGAGAAAAAAAAAUAAACUACGACUGUGA